UGCUGCGCUUUUCCAGCAACACAUUUUUAAGCUCUGAUCUCCAGCAUCUGCAGUCCUCACUUUCUCCUAGUUGAAAAUGCUGUUGCCCAUUAUCUAACUUAGCUCAGCCUCAUCGCAGUAAUCCCUAACCUGCAUUGGUUUCUGAUCUUUUAAAUGCCUUGAAUUUAACCCUUUCACUCUACUGUUCAAAUCUAUCUGUGGCCCCACCCCUCCUUACGCCUGACCUCUUCAAUCCAUACAAUCUCUGAGAAAUUCAUUAUUUAAUUCUGGCCAAUUGUGAAAUACCAAUUUAUUUGUCCUACUGGUAACAGUUUUACCUGCAGCUGCCUUAGACUCAAGUUUUGGAAUUUGAUCACUAGACCUCACAUUUUUCUCUCUCCACCUUCAGGAUGCUCCUCAACCUAUCCUUUUGACCAAGCUUUUGGUCAUCCUUCCUAAUUUCUUUCCAUGUGACUCUGUGUCAAUUUCUUUAUCUGAGUAAACUUCUGAGAAGUGUCUUGGGAACUAUCACUGCAAUAAAGUGUUGUAUAAAUGCAAGUUGUGAUCUGCUGUGUGAUGUGAAUACAUUUAACAGUAUUUUCUGUGCUGACUGAGUUGGUUACUGCUUCUAAUUUACAUGAAUCUCUUGGAUUUGGAAACUCGGCACACAUUGUUCAAAUUUUCAAAUAAUGCCAUGUUAGAACAACAUUUGAUUCUAUAAAUUUGGGAAGUAUAAAAUGUACUGGACAAAAUAUAUUGAUCGGUGAAACAAUAAGGGAAAUAUAUUAUCAAUACCAAGUGCGAAAAUUAGGAAGAAAAUAUGAAAUAAAUGAGAAAAAUGAAUAAUUUUCAUUUGUUUGCAUUUCUUCAGGAUCAUGAAAAGUAUUUCACAUCUAAUUGUUUACUGUCCUGUUGUUGUUGCAGUCAUUUGGUCAUGACCAGCUCCAGAAAAUAGAAAAAAGUAGAUGAAUAACUAGUUAAUUAAUAUUUUUAAUGGUUUUGGUUGCAGAGCUAUCUUGGCCAUGACACUGUGGGAACUUGGUGAUUUUCUUUAAGACCCAAGGAUAUUUUACACUGACACAAAAUACAAACUAAAAUGCUGAGCUAUAUAAAAAGAGUCAUCAGGAGAAGGCCAAUCGACAAAAUAAUGUUUGAUCUUUUGCCUCAGUUACAACUUAUUUUACCUCUUCCCCCAUCUUUCUUUAUUCUCUUUGUAUUCAAAAAUCUAUUAAUCUCUCCUUUGGAUAUACACAGUAUCUCAACAUACGUAUCUCUCCUCAAGUUUCAAAGAGUCACAGCCCUUUGAGUGGAAAAAGACUCAUCUCACUCCUACAUAACUGAUCCCUUAUUAUGAGAUAUAACCAUUAGUUUUAGAUUUCCCUGCAUCUUAAAACAUCUUUAAGAAAACAUCUUAAAUGUAUAAAUGCUGUCAAGGCCCUUAAGUAUUUUAUGUAUUUCAAUGUGACCAUCUCUUAUUCUUCUUAACCCUAUGGAAUGCAGGCUAGUCUACUCAGUCUCUCCUGUUACAACGAUCCUCGCAUCACAGGAAACAGUAAGUGAACCUGAGCAUCGUAUCCUCUCAAAGGUUGUGGUGCAGUGCUAGUGAACCUUACUCUGGGCCAGAAGGUCCAAAUUUAAGUCCCACCUGCCCAAGAGAUGUUCUAAAGUGUUUAAAAAGAUUGAUCAACAGCUAUUUAUAAUUUGAAAGUUGUGACCCCAAUGUUGCAGGAACUUGCACAUUUGAUUUGCUUUUAAAAUUUAGUUUCUUAACAACCGAACCAUUGUAAUUAUUGUUAUGUUCCCUUAGUUUUCUGUGCUCUGAUGGUGUUUCAUUCUUCAUUCUCAGGAUGGCAGGCUAUAACUAUUGGAGUACUGCGAGGAUCAGUGCUGGGACCACAGCUGUUCACAAUCAAUAUAAAUGGUCUGGUUGUGGGGACAAAAUGUAAUAUUCCCAAGUUUGCUGAUGACACAAAACUGAGUAGGAGUGCAAGUUGGGGAGGAUAUAAUGAGUCUUUAAGAGGACUUGGAUGGGCUAAGCGAAUGGUUUCCCUCAUGUCCAUGAUCUACUCGCAACACUGUGGCUGCUGGGCCUCGGUGUGGUCAGGCACUGUGCUUCGGACCCCUUGAUAAACACAACUUGGUGUUGGACGUCAUGAGCAUAGUAAUUCCACUGGGAGUUACUACACCAGAUACUUCAUACUCUGAUAUGGCUGCUGGAUCAGACCCAGAGUUGGUGGAAGCUAGCCCUGCAGUUGCUGAGAAGAACAGCUACUCAAAUCACAACUAUGGGACUGCACAACAUCAUGGGUAUAGAGGUCUGCCAUAUGCUGACCACAACUAUGGUGCUCCGCCUCCUCCAACACCCCCAGCUUCACCACCUCCACAGACCAUCAUUGCCCGAGUAGAGCUUAAUAGACUACGUUGCCAGCGAUAUGAUGAUAAUUCUGAAGAUAGUGACAGUUCAUCUGAGGAAGAGAACAUUCCCUGGUGCCAUUGUAGUUUAACUCAGGAUGGUUUUAUUAUCGCUUGUGAAAAUUGCAGGGGGCUGGACAGGCGGAAGGUCAUCAGACUGCAGCGCAGGAAGCAGGAGAAUGUGUCUGGUGGAGAUAGCAGUGCAACUGAGAGUGGGGAUGAAGAAGUCUCACCAUCAACGGUGUCAUACACCGCAACACAGCACACACCCACCAGCAUCACACUUACAGUCAACCGAGUAAAGAGAGCCAAGGCCAAGAAGAGAAAGAGAAGCACAGAAAAAGCAAGAAAUGCCCCCAAAACCAAAAAAAUCAAGGCCUUUCGAGAAGGGUCCAGAAGAUCCAUGAGAAUGAAGAACUCACUGUCAGAAGCUCAUGCAUUGGAUGAAAAUACAGCAGAAGGUUGGGAGAACAGGAUUCGACUCUGGACAGAUCAGUAUGAGGAAUCUUUUGCAAAUCAGUACAGUGCAGAUGUACAGAACCUUUUAGAAUUGUAUCGAUUAACCAUGAAAGAUGCUGUGGGCAAAAAUGUGGUGCUGGACACUAUUAACAAAACUGAACUAGCCUGUAACAAUACAAUUCUCGGCUCUCAAAUGCAGCUACAGCUUGGUAAAGUCACAAGAGUUCAACGUCAUCGCAAAAUUUUGCGAGCAGCCAGAGAUCUAACGCCAGGCAUACUUAUUAUCGAAUACCGUGGUAAGGUGAUGCUAAGGCAGCAAUUUGAAGUUAAUGGACAUUUCUUUAAAAGACCCUAUCCCUUUGUGCUCUUCUACUCCAAAUUCAAUGAAGUGGAAAUGUGUGUCGAUGCUAGAACAUUUGGGAAUGAUGCUCGGUUUAUUAGAAGGUCCUGUGCCCCCAAUGCAGAGGUGCGGCACAUGAUUGCUGAUGGGAUGAUCCACCUUUGUAUAUAUGCCAUCACAAACAUCUCAAAGGACAAUGAGGUGACCAUUGGCUUUGACUACGAAUAUAGCAGCUGUAAAUAUAAGGUUGACUGUGCGUGUCAUAAGGGAAACCAGAAUUGUCCAGUACAGAAACAUAAUCAAGGAUCAGUGGAGUCCCCAGUAGGUGCAGAAACGCGGCGGAGAAAAGCCAGACGAAAAGAAUGGGAAAUGGAGUCAGAGCUCAAUCAACCUUCUGAUGAAAAUAGCAACCAACAGCAGGAGGAGCCAGCAGAAUCCAAAGACCAACAGGAGUUACCUGUACAAAUCCCAGCAAGUGACAGUGAGGAAGGGCCUGGCGAAGGAGAUCGAAUAAAAGUAGAAGAAGAAAACGAGGAGUCAGAAAUGGAUGAACAGCUCCGUGCAAUAGCCCAAAGUAAACUGUCGCGGGAGCAGCGGAAGAUGGAAGCCAUCAUGCAGGUAUUUGAAAACUUAGAGAAGAGAAAGAAAAGGCGUGAACAGGUGGUUGAGCGCAGUGCUAGUCAGCCUGAUAUCGAUGUCAACCCGGAGGCUCCAACCACAGAUGUGGAGGAGGUGAAACCGGAGCCUGCAGCAGAAGAACCGCCGCCCAGUGAGGCAAAACCACCACAGCUUGCAGGGGUAAACACACGGCGAACUUCACAGCUAGGGGAGCAAGUUCCAGAAAAGCCUGCUAAACCUCCUGUAUCAAAACCAACCAAGCCCAGACCCAAAAAUCGGUUCUCACGCUAUCGUUCCAGUUCAGCACAGCGACUGCGUCGACAGCGGCAAGCAAGCAGCCAGGCAGAACCAGCGCCAGUUGUAGCAGUUGAGGAGGGAGCAACAGGGGCUGUUGUGACAGACUCCGCAACUGCAGAAGGUUUGACAAACGUAGGAGCCCCAGGAGUUGAGACGACAUCGGGAACUGUUAUUGCCUCCCAAACAAAUCGAACCAAUCUCAAAUAUCCUAAAACUAAAAGGUAUUUGGUUACAGAAUGGUUGAAUGACAAGGUUGAGCGAUCAGAGUGCCCAUAUGACCGACCAUUACGUAUCACAACUGAUCCUACUGUCUUGGCAACAACACUGAACAUGCUGCCAGGCCUGAGCCACAGCCCACACAUUUGCACAACCCCUAAACACUACAUUCGCUUUGGUUCCCCCUUCACUCCUGAAAGACGAAGACAAAGAGUUGUGUGUGAUGGCAACUAUGGAUCUUGCAAAAAGCGGUGGAUAAAACAGGCAAUGGAUGAGGCCAUGGUGCAAACUCCCCAUGCACCAGAUAAAGGACAAGAAAUGACACCCUUAUACCAAAGCAGUGACAACAGCACUGUUCCUGAUGUACGGGAUAGCACCAUCGCUUCAGUUGAGUUGAUAACGCCUCUGAAGAAGCGAAAAGCACGGUAUCUGUCAGACGUGAGUGUGACUGAUUUGCCCGGACCUUGUAGUCCAUUAUCAGCGCCUGCAUCUGUCACAGAUACAGUUAUGUCCAGCCCGACAGUAAUGACGCCUUGCACCUUGUUUCCAGGAGAAGAGGAGAAGAAAAAUGGAUAUAAUGUAAUUUACUCUCCCCUUCACUCCCAUGCUGCUAGCCGAUGUAAUACCCCACUACAGUUUGAGAACAUUUCCUCUCCUGAGAGUUCCCCAGUGCAUAGGCCUGAACCGUUUUCACCGGAGCCGCCUCUGAGAGCGGAUAAUGACCAGUCCAGGACUGGCUUCUCAGAUCUCUCCCUUCAUCCUGACCUGGACACCACGCUCCGGGUUACAGCGGUCACUGAUGGGCCAUUGACAGACUGUGCUGCUCAGCCUCCUCCUUCUGGAUUAACAUUUCCCACUGAAACUGAAAUUGGGUCGACACUGAGGAAUGGUGAUGGUCCCUCAGUCCUGAAAAAUUCAGAACAAGCCUUCAGGACAGAGUUUAAUUUAAUAUAUGCCUGUUCACCAUUGAACUCCAAUCUCCGCGACCUCACUCCAACACACAGGCUAGAGGGACCAUACAGAGGACUGGAGAACAGAGCCAAUUACAUCAGUGAUAGGAAGUCUUCACAGCCCGAGCGAGGGUUUGGAGAAACUGUGUAUAUGAGUCCAUCCGGGGAUUCUUGCUUUAACAGGCAAAGCCAAGGACUUUUAUCUGAGACAAUGCAAGGAGCUAUGUCCCCUCAAGCAGACCGGCAGCCCCUGUAUUUUGAAGGAAAUGCACAGAUGCAGCAAAACCCACCUCAGAAGAAAAAGGUAUCGUUGCUGGAAUAUCGAAAACGACAGCAGGAGGCAAGGGAAAGUAAAUCAGACAGCCUAAGUUCAGACCCUUCCAAGAUGUCCAGCACUGUAGGCACACCAACAAGACGAAGUAGUGAUGGUUCUUCUGCACAAACAGCAGCCAAUAGUGACUCCAAUGCUGUGUCUCGGUCAUCACAUAUAUCGUCAUCACCUCCAAGUGGUUUUUCAUCACCUGUGCACCCCUCAAUGCCUCAGAUUGAAGAGGUCAGCCCAACAGAUUCUGGUAGUGGCAAGAAUACAGCAGCCAGCAGCAAAAACCGGGACAACAUGAGCACAAGGUGGAUGGUUCCUACCUCAGUAGAGCGAUUGCGAGAGAACCCGGGCAUGUUGGAACGUGUUCUGAGGAGAGUGGAAAUUGGAAGUAUGAAGCGAUCUGGAGACGAUAGAAGUACGUUGGAUCGUGUUCUACGGAGGAUAGAGACUGGUACAGUGGACUCUUGCAGGGAGAAAGAUGCAGAUUCCACAAAUGGUGAUGGACAGGAGACACAUGGCCCAGCACGCACCAAGAUUUCUCCAAUUCAUAGUCCCCAGAGAUAUGGUCACAGUCCUUCUAGAUAUAAUCAUCAGCUCCUACAGGCACAGUCUGAAGGACAUCUUUCUGAACCCCAUGUACAUCCACAGCAAAAUGUGUCCCCCUACAGAACGCAUAGCUCCUCAAGUGUUUCCAUGGCUCACACACAAGGACUCAUCUAUAGAUCUUCAUCCCACACGUCAGGACAGAGUGGAUCCCAGAAUCAACUCGAUUCCAAUCUCAUGACAACUCCUCUCUCAGCUCUCUACUCAAGCCCUGUUCAUUCAGCAUCUGUUGAUACCUCUGUGGUCCAGUAUGUAGGGAAUUCUGGGUACUACAGUGGUCAACAGCAUUCUGGGAGUGUUUUGCAGACAUUGAAUAGCACUCAGCAAAAGACUAAUUCUGGAAGUACUUCUUCUACAGCUGCUACCCCACUACAAAGCACCACAAAAACUAUAACAACUGAUUCCACUCUUACUUCAACCCUGAGCACCAUAAACUCUACUAUUUCACAGACUGCAAGGUCGUCACAAUCUGGUUCAUGGACCUUAAGCUCAGCAAAUUCGGGGCAACCACUUCACUCUGGAGCAAAGAUUACCACAGUGUCAAGUUCUCAGCACUACCGAAAUACUGGAAUAACCCAGUACCAACCUCCACCGGUCCAAGGUGCAAAUGUAAGAACACAAUCGAGCACCUACUAAACUAUUGCAGCCACAAUCAUGUUGGCGAUGUUUACCUGGAUGCAUAACUCAUCUAUGUGUAUCUGUAUAGGCCACCAGCAUAUGUACCUUUUGUGGCAUAAACAACUGUAAAGUAUGGACCUCAUGUUCUGGAGAUUGUUGGGCCUAAACCAGCAUUUACUAGAACCCCCUUCAUACUGUACAAAAACAAAAGUAAGAGUUAAGAUUGUGUACCUAUUGGUAAGGUACAUUUUAAGCUUAUAAUUCAGAUAAAUAUUGUUUAGGCUUUUUUCCUCCAGUUUAUUUUAAAUAAACUAGUCAUGUGCAGUAAAACCUUUUUUAAUUAAAAAAAGAAAGCAUUUGUAGCGUCUGAAAUUAAGGCACAAGGAAAGGGGUGAUAGGGUGGGGAGAGUUUCUGUAGACAACCAUUCCAUGUGCCAGCUUCUCACAUGCAUACUGUAAUAUCCUGGAGUAGAAGAUUUUAUUUAUCUAAUUUUAUAUAUAACCAUUCUAGGCUAGCUAUUACCUUACCCAGACAGCGGAAUUUAAUCCACGGUGCUGCAGAAUUUUUAUUUUACACCUGAUGCUGUGAGUUCCCUGGUGUUGAGGCGCGGAGUGGAAAAAUUGUUGUAUUUCAGUGACUGUUACAAUCACAAGUUUUUUUAAUUUGAAAUCUUAAAAUUCAGGUGUGUGUUCAACUGAAGAGCGAGAGUGGUCUCAAUUUUGAAAGAUGUAACAUGUGACAAAUACAAGUUUAAACAAGUGAUGCAGGUAUUGCUGCAUAUUGUAUAAUGAGAGUUUAAUACUGUUCUUUUAUUCAGAACACUCUGUAUAUACCACAACUACUUGUUAUCCUCAGAGGAUUUAGUUGCCUGACUUUGCAUUAUGUACAUUGAUUUUUUUUUGUGUAUAAUUUCUCUGCACCUUUUAUUCUCUUUAUUUUCUUUUUGUUCAACAACAGCGUUCGAUCUCUCAUUGGGCAUCUCCGUAUGCAGUCUUUUUUUUCGAUGUGCGAUGUGCAUGAGGCGAGUUUGUUCCUGAAUGUAGCUGUUGACUGAGUUGCACAUCAUUUACAAUCAAGGAGAAAUUUUAAAAAAUGAAAAAUAAAACGGGAGCCUUGCUUUCUAAACAUGUACAGUCAACCCCUCCUGUGGAGUGUACAAAAAUAAAACAGUUCAUUUCUGCACAA